AACAAAAUCGUAGAAGUCGCUCGCGCUUGUAUUGAUUUUCACGUACCAAAAACUGGGCUAAACGUAGCUCAACCAAACCGAUGUUAUUCCAGUUUUCGAAAAUAAAGGGUACACUGUUCGCGUGCUAAAUGGUGAUACGACUUCGGUUUUUAGUGAAUUUUUCAAAGGAUGGUAGAUGCAGAGCUUACAACCGAAAUAAAAAGUAAGCUACACGAGCGAACUGGGCACGUAUCUGUGCUAUACGAGGAUAGUAUCUACGUUUGGGGAGGAUACAGUGAAACUCCAUGGAGAAGUCGACGUCUUCAUCAAUUCAGAUAUUAUUCGCCGAGCGAAGUUAUUCGAUUAGACUCGUUUUACGGAUAUUGGGAAGUCCUCACGACAACAGGUGACAUACCCGCAGCAGCAGCAGGAUCAUGUGCUUUAGAAUACAAUUCCCACAUGUAUGUUUUUGGAGGUUUUGUACAUUCAAUCACUCACAGCAUGAAUCUACUCUACAGAUUGAAUUUAAAAACAAUGGUUUGGGAUUUGAUCAAACCAAUGGGGCUAUCUCCUGUGCCUUGUGAUAAACUUGCCGGAUGGGUUUACAACAAUAAUUUAUACUUCUUUGGAGGUUUUGGUUAUUUACCAGAAAAAGUUCCAGAAACCACGAGUAUUCAUUUUUAUCGAGAUGAUAGUUCGUACGAUUCAACCAGACCUCGAGGAUGGAAUAAUCAGCUGUUUUGUUACAAUCCAUCGACUAAUUCUUGGGAAUAUCCCGCAGCCCUAGGUGAUGGACCAUCGCCUCGCGCCGGACAUGCGGCUUGCAUCGACGAUAAUGGUAAUGUGUUCAUAUUCGGCGGUAGAUGCGUGACAAGGAAUAACGAAUUGCAUAUAUUACACAUGGCGACGAUGAAAUGGAUAUCAUCGAAUAUAUCCGUGAAGAUAAACUGCUACUCAAACGAAAAUUACAUGGAAGACUACGACUACGACAAUAAACAAUCACCAAAUGUAGACCAGCCUGAAAUACGAUUAAACAGUGUGGAAUAUAUUCAGGGUAAUAAACCAGCCAGAAGAUCUUGGCAUUCUUUGACACAUAUUGGGAACUCCAGGUUUAUGCUUUUCGGAGGCUUGGACGAGCAGAACAACGUUCGAUAUGAUGUCUGGACGCUAGCCUUUGAUGGAGUCAAUACCGUAACAUGGACAGAACUAUACAUGACCGAAGCCUGGCCACGGUUUUGGCAUAAGGCAGAGUACAUAAAAUCCGAACAAGAAGUUAUGGUUGUGGGUGGUCAUAUCAUACACGUGUCUCCUCUAAAUGAUGCCUUCUCUUCGCCGAUUUUAAUACAAAAUCUUCAGGUACAAGCAGACAGUUUACUUUGUUUCAAUUUCGGUCCUAAAUCUUUAGUAAGAUUAUGUCUUGAUACAGUCGUCGAGCAUAUGCACGAAUAUUCCGAUGAAGAACUGAGCCGAUUACCUGCACAAAUAGCCAAAGUGAUUUCUUUGAAAUAUAAUCAAAACUUUUAAAAGUUACCAUUAUAAUUUUGAAUUUUCUGAAUACCUACGUAUAACCUAAUGCGAAGUUAUACAGAAUAAAAACUAGGUUUUACAUAGAAUUUCAUCCACAUAUGUACCUACGUAAUGGAUUUAGCUAUCUAUUACCUGUACCUACCUACCAAUAUAUAAAUAAUUGUCUUUCGGUUAAGAGUUGAAUGAUAGCAACUUUGCCAAAAACCUAUUACACAUUUCCUCCUAAUUACAGCUCAUACUGCCCAUAAAGUUCAAGUAGCCAGACACAACGAGUAUAUUUUUUAAUUUUUUGAUAUUUUGUCCCAAUAACCGCUUUUGUCUGCAUCUCAUUUAAGUGGAAAGGUUGCUGAAAAAUCUAUAAACGAUGAACGCUAGUUACGAGAAAGCGCCUAAGCGAAUUGAAAAACAAAUUCCACAACAUCAUGUCAUGAGGAAGUGGCGCACCUCUUACAUAUUUUAUGUGUUUUCAAAUUUUUGUAAGGAAGGGUGUAAAAAAUAAUUAAUAACUAAUUCAAUUCGUACCAUCGAAUCAACACUAUUUGUGUUCAGUAGAGUUUUUAGAUUACUUAUUUUUACGAAAGGAGCCAUUUUUUCCAUUUCACUUUACUCGAAAAAAUCAUUAUGUUCAUUUUAAAUUUUAUUUAGCUUAAUUAUUUUUAAACUAGUAAGUAAUUACUCACCAUUAAGUUGAACACCAAUAUUGUUUGCGGUCGUUUGACUGAAAUUUCGUUUUAUUUUUUUGUAACUUAUUAUAUUCUUUCGUAACGUAACUAAUAAUGAAAAUUGUGUUAAAUUUAGACAAUAAAAAUAUAUGCUAUACGUAUGUAAUUUAUACUCCACAAUACGAGAUAUACCUACCUACCUACCUACCUACCUAUAUGUAUUACGAAGUUCUAAUUCAAAAAUAAUCCCAAGUUGCUUUAUAUUCUCCUUUUGGUUUGAUGAUUUCAUCCAUAAUUAGACCGUAUAAUAUGAUUAAGUCUUUACCUUAGUUAAUACUUACUUUUAUACUAAGUUUUAAAUACAUAUUUAUUUUUGCGAACUAAAGCCUUUGAUAAGCCUAAAAAAGUAUUGGCAGUGUCUUCCAAAGAUUUUUUUGUAAUACUUAAAUUGUACGCUUAUUUCACUAGAAAAAGUUUUUAGUUUGAAAGAAAAAUGAACCUCGAAUACCUAGUAGAAACUUACACCAUUGAUCGAAUGGAUUAUUGAAUUAAGAUUAUUUUUAAUACCUACUUAUUUUAUACAUCUCUUUUCAUUUUUAUUAUUGAUACUUCGAUUGUUAUAAAAUGAAUAAAAAAUUCGAAAAUGUCA